AUGAUAUCAGACAAGCUAUUCCCUCACAGAUUCAGGUACCUAAUUUUAAUCGUAGGAUGUUUGGCCUUAACCUCAAUAUCAUCAAACAUGUUGGCCUUCAACAUUGCACAAGUCUGCAUGGCUUCCGAUGCACAUCAUAACGAAACGGUAGGCUUUACUGUAACUUUUUGUUAUUUAAACAUUUUUAAGGUAAAAUACGCUGCUCUAAGUUUCGAAGUAAUGUUUUUAGCUUAAUUUACAAAUUUUAGGCUUGACGUGUCACUUAAAAUUAAGAAAAAAUUGACACUUUACUUAAGUUUUUUUUUGAUUUUAGGCUUAAAUUAUUACCUAAAUUUUAAAACCUAAGGAAUGGUCCUACUCUUGCUCUACCUUUGCUUAUUGCCUUAUCCCAGCUUACUCUUUCCUUAUAUGUACAUGUCUUAUUCUAGCCUUACUCUUUUCUUACCCCUGUCUUAUCCUUGCCUAACCUUUGCCUUAUCCGUGUUCAAGACUUUCUUUCUCUUUAACUUACCCUUGCCUUAUCUUUGCCCAAUCUUUGCCCUGUUCUUGCUCUGUUUUUGCCUUGCUCUUCCAUUAACCUUACUAUACCUUUGCCCUACUUUAUUUUUCUUCUUUUUGUUUAACCCUUGCCCUACCAUAAUAUACCCAUCCUUAACUUCCUUACUCUUUUUCUACUACGCCCUGUUUUUAUAUGAUUUUUAAACUUUUUUUACUUUAAAUUAUAGUCGUACCUUUUAUUUUGAUUAUAACGAGCUUUUUUAUUAUUAAAUAACUUUCAAAAACUUUUUUUUGUAAAAUACGGAGGGUGUAUUGAAACUAUAUUAAAAUUUUAAUUAAAAUUCUGUUCCAGCACUACAUUCCAAACCCUCACCCGACCAUAGACUACACUCCGAGUGAGCUGUCGGUUAUCAAUGCGGCCGUUGGCGUUGGGACAGCUUUUGCCACGAUUCCGUUUACCGAGGCUUAUGGAAGGUAUGGAGCAAAGUAUCCGUUUCUAACAGCUGGACUGAUAUCAGCUUUGGCAACUGGGUUGAUGCCAGUGGCAGCAAUGACUAAUAUCUACUUUUUAUUGGUUUUGAGGUUUAUGCAGGUAAGGUGAUGAGUAGUGGCGUAUUUUAGGAUUACUUUACUCUAGCUUACUCUACGCAGCCUUAGUACUUUACUCUUCAUGAUAUUAUAGGGAGUAGCCUAUGCAGCCGACUUCGCAGCCGUAGGCAUGGUCUGUUCCAAAUGGGCUUCACUAAAGCAAAACGGCCUUUUCUUAGGAGUGCUGACCUCCUACUCACCAUUAUCGACUGGUAUCACCAACUCUGUCAGUGGAAUGGUGUGUAACUCAUCGUAUGGUUGGCCGAUGGUUUUCUACGGUCACUGCGUGGUAAGCCUGAUCAUCUUCUCUUUCUGGUUCAUGUACUACACUGACAAACCUCAUGAGACCCACCGUGUGACAGACGUUGAGUUAGAGAAGAUUCAACGUGACAAGACUGAAGCUCAGAUUCACGGUGAAAAGAAUACACCGUACAAGGCGAUUCUGACUGAUAUUGUGAUAUGGGUGGUGUAUUUGAAUGCAUUCACUGAGAUUUUUUCAACCAACUUCUUUGCUGUGUAUGCACCUUACUAUAUGAAGAAUGUGUUGAAUUAUUCUGUGGAGGCUACUGGACAUUUAUCAGCGAUCUCUAGAGUUGCUCAAGUACCGUUUAGGCUACUUUGUGGAGUUUUGAGCGAUCAGAUUAAGUGAGUUUUUAAAAUUUAUAUCAUUUAUAUUACUACUCUACUCCACCAUCCCUAUCUGACCUAUCGUACCCUACUCUACUUCUUACGGUCUCGCUUUGCCUUGCCUUGCAUUGCCUUGCUUUGCCUUGUUUUGCUUUGCCUCGCCUUGCUUUACCUUGCUCUGUACUGCUCUGCCCUUUCCGGCUUAGUUCUGCCCUGCCCUAUUAUACCCUUGCCUUACAAUUGCAAUACCCUUGUUGGCUUGUCCUUGCGUUUGCUUGCCCUGCCUUUCUCCACCCGGUCCAUGUCUUUUUUGCUUAUUACCUACUUAUUUAUUUUAAAAUUUUAACUUUUUUUAUCUUCAGAUGUUUAUCAGAAACCGCCAAGCUGAUGCUGUUCAACACAAUCACCGUAGCCGGAGCAGGAGUCUUCUACGUAGCCAUUGGCUUUGUCCCAGACGACCUGUCAUUCCUAGCCGUUUUAUGCAUCGGCCUACUGAAUACAGUAACCGGAGCAGCUUGUGGUGGCUUCUACAAACAAGGAGUACUGUAUGCAAGACAGUACAGUCACUUUGUCAUUGCCAACUGUCAAUUCUUGAAGUGCAUAGUACUAUUCUUGGGACCAGUUAUGGUGGCGUUGUUGGUACAGGAUGAGACGAAUAAGGCUCAAUGGAGAGUCAUAUUCUUGAGUGUAGCAGUGCUACUGUUCUUUUCGAAUUGUGUUUUCUAUAAGUUUGCCACUUCUGAGCCUGCGGCAUUUACUGUUGAGUUGAAAAAUGAGAAAAGUGAUAUUGAAAAAGUUGCUCAAUGA